AUGCUUCAAGAUCCCACUACCCUCUCUAGUUUGUUGAGGAAUGAUGAGGCAAUAAGGUUCAUGCAACCGAUAAGAGGAACACCUGCGUAUUGGGCAACUGCUCAGAAAGAUCUCUUUGCAAUGUUGCGGCAAUUAGGAAUCCCUACCUGGUUUUGUUCCUUUAGUGCAGCAGAAUAUAGAUGGAAUGAUGCAGUUAGGGCUAUAUUAAGGCAGCAGAGUGAUGACAGGAAUCCUGAUGAAAUGGAAUGGUCAGAAAAGAAUGAAGUUUUAAGAUGCAAUCCUGUCACAGUUGCUAGAAUGUUCGAACAUAGAUUUCAGAUAUUUCAUAGAGAAGUCAUUCUUUCACCUUGUGAACCAAUCGGAAGAGUAGUAGACUUUUUCCAAAGAGUCGAGUUUCAGCAAAGAGGAUCCCCACAUAUGCAUUGUUUAUACUGGGUUGCAAAUGCACCUAACAUUGAGUCAGAUGGAGAGGAAGUUGUUUGUAACUUCAUUGACAAAUAUGUAACAUGUGGCAUACCCUCAGAUAUUGACGACUCAGAACUGAGAAAAAGUGUCUUGGAUGUACAACAGCAUAGCAAGAAUCAUUCAAAAUCUUGCAAGAAGAAGGGCAGUGACUGUAGGUUUAACUUUCCAAGGCCUCCAUCCCAAAGGACAUUUAUAACAAUUUCCACAGAAGAAGAGAACAUAGAUAAGUCUGAAACAGAGGCUAGAGAGGAGAAAGUAAACAAAGCAUAUGCAAAAGAAAUAUUACUUAGUGUAUGGGAUAAAUUACAAAAUGAUGGCGAAGGAAGAACAACAAAAGAAAUAUUUGAUGACCUUUCACUAACGCAGGAACUAUACGAAGAAGCCUAUAACAUGUUAUCAGCGAGGAGGUCAGUUGUUCUCAAACGUAACCCUAAUGAGGUGUGGACGAACCAAUAUAACCAGUGUCUCUUGAAAUGCUGGGAUGCUAAUAUGGACAUUCAGUUUGUUCUGGAUCCAUUCAGUUGCAUUGUGUACAUCGUUUCCUACAUAUCAAAAUCAGAAAGGGAGAUGGGCAUGUUACUGAAACAAACAAAGUUAGAGGCAGAAGAGGGAAAUCUCGAUGCUCGACAGACAAUGAAAAAAAUUGGUUCUGCAUACUUGCAUCACAGAGAGGUGAGUGCUCAGGAAGCUGUAUACAGGGUGUGCAAUCUAAAGAUGAAAGAAUGUUCGAGGAAAGUUGUUUUUGUUCCCGUUGGUGACAACCCAUUACGCUUAAGCAAACCACUCUCUUUGAUAAAAAAGAAAUCAAAUUUAGAAAUAAUCAGUGAUGAGGAGGAUGAUGAAAAUGAUAUCUGGAUGACAAACAUAAUUGAGCGCUAUGAGAACCGUCCAGAUAAUCCAGUGUUCCAUGACAUGUGUCUCGCAAAUUUCUGCUCUGAAUUCAGAGUACUUGCUAAAUCUGAAGUUCCAAAAAAAGAAAACGAGAAUGUGUUUGAACUGCAGAAUGGGAAGGGAUAUGUGCAGCGAAGAACAAGAACACAACAUGCUGUUGUAAGGUAUCCAAGAUUCAAUGUUGAAAAGAUGUCAGAAAAAUAUCAUCGAUCUAUAUUGCAACUCUUUCUCCCCUACCGAAUAGAGAAACAAUUGAAGCCACCAGGAUUCGAAUUAUAUGAGGAUUUUUAUGAAACUGGUCAUGUGAAAAUUAAAGGGACGAGACAAUUGCAAUCAGUAAAAUCAAUUGUAGAUUUGAAUCGUUCACAUUAUGCACAAAAUGAAGAGUCCUUGGACAUUGCCCAAGAAGCAUAUGAAAUGAAUGGUGAACCAGAGGAUGCCUGGUCACGCAUAUGUCCAGAAACAGAAGUACUAAGGAGAGAAGGUAUAGCACAGAGGAACGAAAAUACAGUGCAACAGGGGAAUGAUAGGGAAGAUAUACCAGAUAUGGAAAGUGAGAUGAAUAAUGCAGAUGUGCUGUAUCAAGUUCACCAAAAUGUUAUUUCAAGAGAUGAAAUGUUACCAGUUCUCCAAAGUUUGAAUGAAACACAGAGUGAAAUAUUUUAUUUGCUUCGUGAGUGGUGCUUAGCGAAGAUAAAUGGCAAAAAAUGUGAACCCUUGCACUUAUUUGUGACUGGUGGUGCAGGCACUGGUAAAAGUCAUCUUAUAAAAGCAAUUCAUUAUGAAGCAUCACAUUUGCUUUCCAGAAUUAUGCCUGAACCAGAAAAGGUAACUGUACUCCUUUCAGCAUUCACAGGAACAGCAGCCUUCAACAUUGGUGGAAAUACACUUCAUCAUUUAUUUUCACUUACAAAAUAUCUGCCUUUGCCAUAUGAGCCAUUGGGAGAACAGAGUCUUAGUGAAAUGAGAGUAAAGAUAGGUGACAUGCAGAUUCUUAUCAUUGACGAAAUAUCAAUGGUAUACAAAAAGCUGUUGUAUUACGUACAUGAAAGGCUAGUGCAAAUCAAAAAAUGCAAAGAUCCAUUUGGAGGUGUUUGUGUAAUCGCAGUGGGGGAUUUCUAUCAGCUUCCUCCUGUUAAGCAGCGGAAAAAUGAGAGACUCUAUAAAGAAAAUUUGACUUAUCCUGUGGAUUACUGGUUGGACUUUUUUAAAGUCAUCGAAUUAAAAGAGAUAAUGAGGCAAAAGAAAGAUAUGUCAUUCGCUGAGUUGCUAAACUCUCUUCGUGUAAGACAGACAAAUGAGCCAUUAACAGAGGAACAAAGUCUGAUGUUAGAACGCUGUAUCAGAGAAGGGCCAGAGGAUGUUCUUCAUGUGUUUUGUACUAACGAAGAAGUAUACACAUUCAAUUUGUUAAUGUUAAGAAAAACGUGUGAAGAUUUUUUAGAAAUUAAUGCUGAAGACUAUACAAAGGACAAAACAUCUGGAAAACUGAAACAGAGAAACAAACCCUUCACAAAAUCAAAAAGUGAUGGCCUUCCAAACUCCUUACUAUUGUCCAUCAAUGCAAAAGUAAUGCUCACAAGAAAUUGUAAUGUGGAAGAUGGACUUGUUAAUGGAGUAAUGGGUUAUGUUUCUCAAUUCCUAUACAAAGAAAACGGUGCAACAUGUCUUAAAGCUGUAGGGGUAGUUUUUGAUAACAAGGAAGUUGGAAGAAAGUUAGGACAAAAAACAAAAGAUGGGAACAUGGUGUUAAUAGAAAGAGUACAAGAAGAAAUUAAGGAGAAAACAGCUUCUGUGGUUAGACACCAAUUUCCUCUUCGGUUAUCAUGGGCAUGUACUGCCCAUAAGGUGCAAGGAAUGACCACAGACAGAAUUGUUGUAAAUUUAGACAGAACAUUUGCUCCAGGACAAGCUUAUGUUGCAUUGUCAAGAGUUACUUCCGAAGGUGGCCUAUUUAUUGAAACAGAAGAUCCAGCAAAAUUAAAGAAAAAAAUUUAUGCUGAUCCAGAAGUAAAGACAGCUUUAAAUGAAAUGCCGAAAUUCAUUUUUGACAACCUUUUACAAGCCCUGAGAUCCAGCGGGAUCAAAGUAGUUCUACAGAACAUCCAGAGCUUAACCAGACAUUUUGGAGAUUUGAAAAAUGAUGAGAGGUUCGGACUUGUUGAUAUCAUCUGCCUGACAGAGACAUGGUUAACGUCUGGAGUGAACACAGAAAAUUUUGUGUUUGAUGGGUUUCAGUUUCAUCACCUUCCUAGACAAGAGGCAUAUGAUGGCAAUAAUGUCUUAACACAACAAUUGCACCAGUCAAAAGGUGGAGGUGUCGGAUUAUAUUUGAGAGAUAAUAGUGGUACUUUUGACAUUCUCCCACUUCCACAGAUGAAUAUUGAAGCAAUGGCUCUAAAAUUACAACAGGAAGAAAUUGUGAUUGUGAUUGUAUAUCGUCCAUGCAAGGCCAACAUGACAACUUUCCUUCACAGUCUGCAGAGAGUACUUGACUUCACAAGGUCAGUUUAUCCAGAUUGUAUUCUCAUGGGGGACUUUAAUGAGGAUGCAAAAUCUGAUGGUCCAAUUCAAAGAUUUAUGGAGCAUCAACACUUCAACCAACUUGUAACUUUUAGUACUACCGAAGGGGGAACUAUUUUGGAUCAUGUGUACAUAUCCAAUUCAAAAAAGAUUAAUGUCAAACGAUUACCAACAUACUACAGUUAUCAUGAUGCUGUAUUUCUUAAAUUCCUAGAAAAAUAA